AAUCUAAGCUUAGGCGAAGCUUAAAAAUUCCGAAAUGACUGAAUCCAACUUUAAGCAUAGGUUUAAGAUUGGCGCUUAAAAUUGAGUUUCCUAUAGCAAAAUGGACAUAUUUAAUAAACCAUAUGAAUUGGAAAACCAAUUUCUUUUACGUUUACCAGUGGAGCAUGCUGAGAAGCUAAAAGAAAUAUUGUUGGCGGGAAAUCUAAAGGAUAGAUUGGCCAUUCAAGUACAAGAUGACAAUCGCCAUGGCACAGUGAAGCUCGAUGGAGAAGUUUUAACUUCAAAGAUUUUCGACCUUCCAUGUGUUAUUGAAAGCCUUAAAACCCUUGAUAUGAAAACCUUCUAUAAAACUGCCGAUCUUUCACAGAUAAUGAUAUGCACACCUCCUGAGGAAAAUGCUGAACAACAAGCGCUGGAUAAAUAUGGUGGACCUAAAGAUAAGAAGUUUCUGUGGGCUCAUGGGAUAACACCUCCAUUGAAAAAUGUUCGCAAAAGAAGAUUCAGGAAAACUGCAAGAAAGAAGUAUAUAGAUUCCCCUGAUAUUGAGAAGGAAGUUAAAAGGUUGUUAAAAGCCGACAUGGAAGCUGUCAGUGUUCAUUAUGAGGUAAUAAACGAAGAAGAAAAACCAUCUGGGAAAACCAAAACCGAAGUUCCACAAUCAUCUAAAGAUAUUGAUGUCACAGGUGUGUAUGAUGUCAUAAUCUAAAUCUACUUUAUAUAU